GUUUUUGUAAUUCGUUGGUUUUGGUGAAAAUAUUGAUCGAAAUAUGCUGUAAUAAAUAUGCUUAGACUUGAAUGAUACGAAAGUGACGUCAUUUGCGUCCCACGCCCGCUUCUACCACCUCCUAGCUCUGUGGACAACAUUUAAAAACCGCCGCUAGUUGCCGCCGUAGCGCACUCCACUGCAAAACGCGCCACAACUCAUAUACUCAGAGUUUCCUCACGGUGUCCUCGGCUUACGGAGUAUCUUUGAGUUUCAACAAUGGCUCAGAUCUACUUAGCGGUGUCCAUCGCAGCCUUGCUGAUGAUGUCACAAGGAGUGAGUGCUAAACGAGGCUGUUCAGCAUUUGGGCACUCCUGCUUCGGCGGGCAUGGAAAGAGAUCAGGCGAACCUGCACCGAUGGAUAUGGCGAAUCAGGAUAUGAUGGUGCGUCACCAGCUCGGUCAAGAGGAGACUCCUCCUCACCCAGGGUACCCUCAUUCCAGCUACAACGUGCUGCAGCCUGGCGACGACAUCAUUCCUAUUAGGGAUGGAGGUGUGUACGACCAUGACGCCGCUGCCAGAGACGUGAUGAAGUACAAGCUUAGGAAUAUCUUCAAACAUUGGAUGGACAACUACCGACGGUCGCAGAACACAAACGACGAGUAUUUCCUAGAAACGAUUUAAAUCAAAAAAUCCCCCAAAUAAUUCUUAAUCAUUGAUGACGUAAACAAACAAAACACACACGUGACGUUAUAUAUAUAGAGUUUUUCUAUUACGAUAAUACUUGUUAAAUUACUAUAAUAUAUAUAUUCAGACUAUAUUACUCUACAAAUUUCAAUGUUCGUCAAUUAUAAAACAAGUUUAAAUUAUAAUGGUUAUUUAACACCUUCGCUGCGGAACCGGCAAACAUUGACCUGAUGGUGCGGACGAAGCUACGUCCCUCUCGCUGAUGCGGAUCGAGGUGUUUUUAAGAAUUCGACAACGACAACUAUAAACUGUAUACAGUAUGUUUUCGCUAUGUUGUAGCAUUAUAAUCUACCUUAGUGCUGUUGGGUCGAAAAAGACCUGCAAUGCACUGGCCGAAAUAUCUUAGGAGGUGCAUUUCAACCCGCCACCGCAACAGAUUAAGGCUUAUGAUUUUACUCGCCGCAGCCAAGGUGUUAACUUCUAUCCAAUCUCUGUGUAAGGCUGGAAGUAUAUUGUAAGUGUGAACUAUAAAUUAAAUAGGAGAAGACCCCUUUGCCAGUUAAAUCCCAAAAAUUAUAAACAUCGUUCAUUGAACUUAUUAUCUUCAAAAGAAAUCUUAAUUUAAAUUUCCGUUGUUUUUGUUAAAUGUAUCGUUGAUAAAUUACAAUUAAUGUGAAUUACAGUUAAGGCUGUCUAGCUAUUACCAUAAAAGACCAUCCAAAUACGCUUGGUCGAAAGAAAUAAAUUUGCGAAAAAACCUCUGAUGUUUUUAAUAGAGACAGUCUCGAUCCGUGGAAAUUAUUAUUUUUUAAUGUUUCUAAUUACAUCUGGACUAUAAUCGAACAUUUAAAUAAUUAUUUGUAUUAUAGAAUUAUAUUAAAUGGUACAUGUUAUAUCGAGAAUUGCUAUUUCUCAGACGUAAGUUUACCAUCAAGAAUGUAGCUGUAAUCUUAAAAUACGAAAACUUUUAUGUACCUAAAUAUUAAAUGGUUAGUACAAUAUGAA